AUGAGCGUUCCGCCGAUGAGUGCCGCGGCGGUGGCGGCGUUUGGCGGAAAGCUGCUGGAGGAGCCGCGGCGGCGCGGAAUCGAGAUCGGCGGGUGGCGCAUCGAGUGCCGCCACGAACCGAUUCUCACCGCUGAAGAGACGGAAGCGUGUCAGGCGGCUCUCUUCUCGCAGUGGCUCCCCGAGAUGGUCUUUGGUCGCAGCUGCCUGCGCGCGGAGCACCUGGGCACGGGCGUGGGCGUGCAUUUUGGGGCACUAGAGGUGCUUUUGCCUCACUCUCACUCACACGCCUUUUCCCCCACACGUCUCGCCAAUUCCUCUCCUCUCCCCCAGGUGGCAAAAGACCCUCUCCUCGCAGUGCCUUCCCGAGAUGGUCUUUGGGCGGAGCUGCCUGCGCGCGGAGCACGAGAGCACACACGCGGGUGUGCGGUUGGGAGGUGGCAGGCGGCUCUCUCCUCGCAGUGGCUUCCGGAGAUGGUGUUUGGGAAGAGCUGUCUGCGCGCGGAGCACCUAGGCACGGGCGUGGGCGUGCAGCUGGGGGCGCUAGAGGCGCUGAGAGGGUGGAAGGAGGCGCGGCUGCCCCCUGUCAAGGUGCCUGCUGCUGCCGCGUGGGGGAAGAGAAGCUGGGGGCGCUGGAGGGGUGGAAGGAGGCAAACUUUCCGCCUGUCAAAUUGCCUGCUGCUGCUGCUGCGUGGGGAAAGCGAAGAUGAGGAGGCUUUUGGGGUAGAUUGGAGCUGCCUGCCCGCGGAGCACCUGGGCACGGGCGUGUGGGGUGCAGAUUGGAGAGGGGAGGCGCUGAGGGAGUGGAAGGAGGGCAAGAUUCCACUAGUGAAAGUGCCUGCUGUUGCCGCAUGGGAAAGAGAAGGUGCUGAGGGGAUGGAGGGGCGGCUCCCGCCUGUGAAGGUGCCUGCUGCUGCUGCAUGGGGGAAUAGAAACAUCAGCAACGCCGACAGAGGUCUAGCUGUUGGAGCAGGAGGAGAGGGGGAAGAAGGGAGAGGGGCGAGAGUGAGAGCAGAGGGCAUGAGGGAGGGAGAGGUGGAGGGAGCAGGGGAGACAGCACAGGUGGUGAGGGAAGUGCAAGCCGUUUGGCCUCAAUCUGAUGCUUUUGGUGCUGGUGGUGUUGGGGUUGGAGGGGAAGGGGGUGGGGGAGAAGGAGGGAGUGUGGAGAAACGGAGUCUAAGAGGGGCGGAGGGGGAAGAGAACAAGGGGAGUGGGGGAGAAAAGGAAGGGAGGGGAGCAGGGGGAGGAGGAGAGUGGGAGGCGGAGUGGGUGGCGUGUGGGGAGGGCGAGGGCAUUGACUGGGCCUUGCUGCAACGCCGCGACCCCAUCCUCUUCUCUGAUGAGGUGGUGCUAUACGAGGACGAGUUGGCUGACAGUGGCAUCUCCCUCCUCACUGCCAGAGCCAGGGUCAUGCCGACCUGCUGGUUCAUCCUCCUCCGCUUCUGGCUGCGAGUGGACGGGGCUCUCAUGCGCCUGCGCGACUCGCGCUUCUUCUGCGCCUUCACCACCACACCUGCUCCCGUGAACCCUUUCUCUCCGCCAUCCGCCCUCGCAUGCCCUCAGCCUCCAACCUCAGCUUCCCCCACCCUUGCAACCGCCGCUGCAACAGCAGCCCAAACCGCUGCAGCAGAUGCUGCUGCUGCUGUUUCUGCUGCAGCUGCAGUAUCACACUCGCAUCGCACACAGCAGCAGCAGCAGCAGCAGCAGCAGGAAAAGGAGGAGAAGCGAGAUAUGGGCCGGGAUGGGCAAGAUAGAACACGGGAUGAGGAGGGGAAGCAUGGCAUGCCUAUGGUCGUUCGAGAGUACACGGAACGAGAGGACACUUUCGCUGCUCUGGUUGCUAAGGGUUACCCCUCGGAUCCGGCAUUCUAUUCGGACCCCUUUCAAGUCACCGACAAGCUCGCCAUCGUGCGCUCUCAGACAGAGAAGUUGCUGACAAAAAGACGCGUGGUGGUGCUACAGUAG